AGCUAGAGGUGUGUUCAGUAUUUGUCUGAGAUUAUUCGGAUAACAGUGUCGUCGGCGAUUUGGUUAACGGUGCGGCAUUAAAAAGCAGUCUCAAACUAUUUCACAUCUGGACAAGUUACUGUGUGACAUGUCUUUAACCAGGUGACAGUAUUUGUCGCAGCAAAUUCUUCGGAUGCCACCAAAAAGUGGACAAGUAUACACCCAUCAAGAGCUCAAUGAGUAAUGAACCCAUUCUGGAGCAUGUCGACAAACGCUGGUCGUAAGAGAUCUGACGCCGAAGAGCAGGGUGGUCCAGGGGAGCAGAGAGCCAGUCCAGCUCGUCCUUCGUUUGGUAAGAAACAGCUUCCCUCCAUCCCGAAGAAUGCCAUCCCCAUCACUAAAGCUGCAUCUCCAGCCUCAACACAAUCUGCCAAUGGCACCCACGCCUCGUACGGCCCUUUCUACCUGGAGUACUCGCUGCUUGCUGAGUUCACAUUGGUGAUCAAGCAGAAGCUCCCUGGUAUCUAUGUACAGCCUUCAUACAGAUCAGCACUGAUGUGGUUUGGUGUGAUUUUCAUUCGACAUGGCUUGUACCAAGAUGGUGUUUUUAAGUUCACUGUCUACAUUCCAGAUAACUACCCAGAUGGAGACUGUCCUAGGGUUGUUUUCGACACCCCAGUUUUCCACCCACUAGUGGACCCCGUCUCUGGCGAGCUGGAUGUGAGAAGAGCUUUCACCAAAUGGAGACGAAACCACAACCAUAUCUGGCAGGUUCUUAUGUACGCCCGCACAAUCUUCUAUAAGAUCAACACUAUGGAUCCGCUCAACCCAGAGGCUGCUGUGCUGUAUGAAAAAGACAUCCAGCUCUACAAAAGCAAGGUGGUAGACAGUGUCAAGCUAUGCAAUAGUCACCUGUUCGAUCAGCCCAAGAUUGAUGACCCUUAUGCAAUAAGCUUCUCUCCAUGGAAUCCAGCAGUGCAUGAAGAGGCAAAAGAGAAAAUGUUUGCACAUAAACGGCGACCAGAUGAUUAUAACAAAGGAUUGCCAGUGUCUGGGCUGUCUUGGGUGAAGCCUGGUUCCACUCAGCCUUUCAGCAAAGAAGACAACCCCCUUCAGACGUGAACAUUCAGUGCUUGUGUCUGUCCACCAGGAGGGGCGCUAUGCUACUGUGGCUGCGCUGAACCACAUGUAUAGAAUUCUGAUGCAGUUCUAUGAACUUCAUCUUCAUUUGCAAAACCCUUGCUCAGCUUUAAAAGAAAAUCAUUUUAAACUGCUUUAAUGGCUUCAGAACUAUAGACACGUUCCCAGUAUAGAACUAAAGACCCCACUCGUUCAUUUCAAUGCUGAGGCUUGAACGCACAGAUGGCACCGAGAUGGUUCUAGUGAAUAAUGUUACUUGCACAUGUUUUCAGGCACAACAAACCACCUCACUUAUUUGUGUUGGUCAUGAUCUUCUAAAUGAUGAACUUGGUUUUCUAACAUAUAAUUUGAUAGAUUUGAUAGUUUCCUUUGGUUUUCCUUUCUCCACAAACAUGAUUAAUAGUCUUAAUGUGAGACGUUCAUUAGCAGGCUGGGACAAAAUGCUUCUCUCUCUCUUUUUUUGUGUCUCGAUGUAUUAUUUGGGUUGUUUUUUUUUUUUUUUUUUUGGUUUGUAAUAUCCUGUGUAUGAAAUGGUUUUAAUGUAAAAUACAGAGCAAGGCAAAUACUAUUCAAUAAGACUAAGUUAAUCCUUAUUUUUUAGUAAUUCACUUUUAUUGUGUCCUAAUGGUUUGAUCUAAAUGGGUUUGAUGUGUAAAUAGUGGAGCAGUUCAAUUAAAUGAAUGGCCUCUAUAACAGAGUCCUAUUUAUCUAGAAAUUUACGAUGGUUGACAUUUUUUAGAUUUUUUUUUUUUCUUUUUUUUAACAAUGCUUUUCUUUUUGUCUACUUUGGGCAGUUUCAGUAAGAAUACUGAUGUUAGCUCAGCUGUGUAAGUAAUGUACUUUUGUUUUUGUUUUGUUUUUUAUCUGUUAAAAGCCAAUAAAUGCAUAAAAAAUGAAA